AUGGAGCAGGUAACGGGUGCUAUGGAAAUUGCAUCGAACAUGGCGUCGAACCAGCGCACAUUUUCCGAAGAUGUUCUGCGCUUAGAAAUAUCUGGUCCGACGCAAGAACAUUUCAGCGUCAUAGAUGUUCCUGGUAUCUUUAAGCGAACAACACAAGGCAUGACCACCAAGGACGAUAUCACCUUGGUUGACCAAAUGGUACAUGGCUACAUGGCGAACCCGAGAUCCGUUAUGCUGAUCGUCGUUCCUUGCAAUGUUGACAUUGCUACUCAAGAGAUUCUCGAACGAGCGGAAGACCUCGAUGCUGAAGGAAUCCGUACCUUGGGUGUCUUGACGAAGCCCGAUCUCAUCGAUCAGGGCAGCGAAGGUGCGGUUGUGGAUUUGUUAGAGGAACGGAAGCACCGCUUGCGCUUGGGUUGGCAUCUACUGCGAAACCCGGGGCAGUCUGACCUAAACGCUGGACGAUGUCGACACACAAUAGAGGCAGAAUUUUUCACCAAGACAGCACCUUGGAAAAGUCUCAACAAAGACAAGUUGGGAGUGAAGACGCUUCGAAUUCGGCUGCAGGAAAUACUCGAAGACCAUAUCCGUCGCGAGUUUCCCAAAGUCCGGUCUGAACUGUCAAAAAAGCUGAAAACAGCUGAGAAGGAUUUACGUCAAUUGGGGCCGAAGCGCCAAACUCGCGAGGAACAAUUUCAGUACGUAGUCGAUGUUGCUAUUCGAUUCCAAAACCUUGUAUCGGACGCACUACAAGCUGGAUAUAGUCGAUCAGAGAUAUUCGGACGCGAUCCCACUCUUCGGCUCGCCACCCAGGCAAUCAAUCGAGGGGAGGCCUUCGCUAAAGCUCUAGAAAGCCAUGGCCAUAUGUAUCGAUUCCAACCACAGGGCACUUCGAUCCAGAGCGGGAUGUUGGGGCUUACCAUGCAAGGCCCAGCUGACGUCGAGGUACGGGCGAUCAAGAACCAUCCGGACAUCGAGGAUCUCCUCUUUGACAAUACCUCGGUACCAGCCCCUUCUGAUGAUGAUAUCAUCGAUUGGAUCGAUAAGCUGUACCACGGCUCCAGAGGUUUUGAACUUGGCACGUUCGAUGCUACGAUUCUGAGUGUAGUAUUGAAGCAGCAAGCAGCAAAUUGGGAUUGCCUCGCACAUGGAUAUAUUAGCGAUAUAAUUGCCAUGGUGCAUAAUUUCAUCAUCGAAGUUUUGCAGCAAAUCGCUCCCAGCGGUCGAGUCUCGGGCGGGAUCAGGAGCUUGCUGUUGGACGACUUGACAAAGAUGUAUCGAGAUGCGAUCAACCACACACAGUUCCUCCUCGAUAUUGAGCUUCAUGGGACGCCUGCUACAUACAAUCAUUACUUUAACGACAAUCUCCAGAAAUGUCGCAAUGAACGUGUACGUGCGGGUCUGGUUUCGAAAAGUAUCACGGACUGCAAGCACGGAACGGUGGUACGUCUGGACGACAUCGUUCAGAGCCAUUCUUUGAGCAAUGCUAGACACACCACUCUCGAGAUUCAUGACAUACUGUGCUCUUACUACAAGGUCGCCAGAAAGCGGUUCGUUGAUGCGGUACGUAUGCAGGUCGCUGACUGCAAGCUUGUGACAGGAGACACAACGCCGUUGAAUUUACUGUCCGCUCAAUUCGUAGCCCGUCUUGGUCACGAGACAUUGGAGGAAAUCGCCGGAGAGGAGUUGCAGACAAAGCAUGAACGCUCGAGACUUGAGAGGGAAAUCGACUUACUGAGAAAGAGCAAGAAGAUCGUUAGAUGA